AUGGAGAAGUAUUUCGGAAACGCUUAUCGCGGUGACCCGGGCGUGCCCCAUGCGGACCCGGAUCGGUUCUUCUGCAUUUGGAUCGGAUCCGCGGCGUUCUCUGUUCUUACCUACUUCAAUCCCUAUAUGUGGCAGCUCUCUAAUCAGUUCAAUUGGCAUGAUAAAGCAUUUUUGUAUGAGCAAUAUCACUGGAAACAGGCAAAGAAGAAGAAUCAGCCAUAUGAGUUCUUGUGGAACAAGACUUGGGAUAAGGUUCACCGGGAACAUUACUACUACAAUUGGCCUAUUUACUUCCCUUAG